GAGAGAGUGCGGGGCGAGGAGCGUGAGAGAGUGCGGAGCGAAGAGAGAGACCGGAUAUACAGCGAGGAGCUGGAGAGAGUGCGGGGCGAGGAGCGUGAGAGACUCCGGGGCGAAGAGAGAGACCGGAUAUAUGGCGAGGAGCUGGAGAGAGUGCGGGGCGAGGAGCGUGAGAGACUGCGGGGCGAAGAGAGAGACCGGAUAUACGGCGAGGAGCUGGAGAGAGUGCGGGGGCGAGGAGCGUGAGAGACUGCGGGGCGAAGAGAGAGACCGGAUAUACGGCGAGGAGCUGGAGAGAGUGCGGGGCGAGGAGCUGGAGAGACUGCGGGGCGAAGAGAGAGAGGGAGCGCUCCACGGAGAGCGGGAGGAGAGGGAGAGGGAGCUGUGCCGCCUUGGGUCCCUGCUGCGGGAGAUGGAGCGCCGCGAGGAGCAGCUGCAGCAGGAGCUGGGGCAGUGCCGCAGUGAGGCCGCGAGUCACGCGCAGCUGGUGCAGCAGAUGCGCCGCUACGUGGGCACCCGGGCACGGGAGGAGGAGGAGGAGGAGGAAGGACCCGACAGGGACAGUCUGUUGGCACGCGUACAGGUUCUGGACAAGGAAAACUCUCGCCUCCGGGCAGAGUCCGAGCUGCAGUGUCUCCGUCUCUCGUCGCUGUCUCACAUCCUGACCACGCAGGAGGCCAUUAUCAACCCACCGGCCGCGACGGGCGGCGGCGACGGCGACGGGGACGGCGACGGGGACGGGCGGCGGGCGCUGCCGCCGCCGCCGCCGCUGCUGCUGCUGUCGCGCUGGCGUGAGAAAGUCUACGCCCUCCUCGUGCAGCUCGGCUGCCAGGAGGCCCGGCAAAGGGAGGAGGCGAGGGAGCGACAGUCCGAGCUGUUGGAACUGCAGCAGGACCUGCGGAAGAACGAGGGGCAGGUGAAGCUACUGGAACUCGGCCUCUCCGACCGCACGGCCGAACUGAAGCUGCAGACCAUCAGAGCUCAGGGUCUCCAGGAGGAUCUGGAUGCGUUGAAGGCAGCGGCCCAAGAGGCGCAGGAGAGGGCAGCGCUGGCGGAAGCGGCGGUGCACCGACUGCAGGAAACAGUCAGCAGGCGCUGGAGAGAGGUGACGGACGGCGAAGGGAAAGUCGUGGGCGCGAUGGAGUCGCUCGGCCGCCUCUCCGAACGCAUCCGUUUCGCCACGAGGAGAGUGGACCUCGUACGAGGGCUGGUGCUGAGGAGGGACGCCCUGCACCGUCUCGCCCUGCAGGAGCAGCCCACCAUCGCUCCCAGCCCCGACGUCCCCGCCAGGCCGGAUCUGCAGGCUGAGCUGAGCCAUCUCCAAGCGGAGAGAGACCUCCUCUCGUCACAGAUGCAGAGGGACGCUCUCCUCCUGCAAGAGAAAAUCUCACUCGCCACGCACAGGGCGGAGGAGGCCUGUGCGGAGCAGCUCCGGCGCCUGCGGUCUCUGGCUGAGGAGCGGGGCGAGCUGCACGAGGAGACCCAGGCUCGCCUGCAGCAGACGCAGCACGAGCUGCAGCAGGCGCAGCACGAGCUGGAAGCCGCCCGCACCCAGCAGCAGCAGCAGCUGGAACAGCUGCAGCAGGAGCGCGGAGCGAAGGAUCAGGCGGUGCGAGCUGUUGAGCGGGACCUCCACGCUCGCUACGCGGAGCAGCUCUCCGGCUUGGAGCAGAGUCUGAACCAGGCACGCAGGGAGCACGGCAAGGCCGUGGUGGCUCUUCGCCAGGGGGAGCGCGAGUGGAGCCGGGAGAGGGAGCGAGCCAGGGAGCUGGCUCAGGCUCGCGACAGGCAUCACCACGUGCAGCUGCAGCAGCUGCAGAGCCACCUCCAGCAGCUGCAGGUGGACGGUAGCCUCAUGAAGGCGACGCUGAGGCAGGAGGGGCUGCUGCAGCAGUACAAGGCGAGGAGAGUUGGAGGGCAGCAGCUGGAGAAAGGGCAGCGUCACGCAGGGUCUCUGAGCUCCGUGCUGAAGGAUCUGAAAGCGUUGAGUGUGGAAGCUCUCGCAGAAGAGGCAAAGCAGGGAGGGAGACCCGAUGGCUGAAUAACUCAAAACACGUGCACACGGGUACACGUGUGUACGUACACAACAGCCGCCGUUCGCCACUGAGUGGUGUCACCACGGCACCUGUGCCAGGCUAGGUGCACUUUAAGGCCAUCACGUGACGUGCCGAAUGCCCGCUGGCAGGAGGUCACGGGACAGACCCAGCAGAGGUGCCCGUGGGUUGACUGACUGAGAUGACCGGCAGAUGCACCACCAGCUGUACCCCCCUGCUGUGCCAAAGUCACACACAAAGACGAAGAGUUACACGCCACACGCUCAUGCACGCAAAUGCAUACACGUGGACACAAAUACACGCGCGCGUACACACAUGUACAAAGGCAAAUACACAUGCAAGUAUGCAAACACGCACACACGUACACAUUCACAAACCAUGCACAAGCCUUAAGACAGCUAGACAAAGAUCCUCCAUAACGCCUUUAACAGACUGUUGGCGCAAAUGCUGUUAACAGGUGAAGGCUGGCACUGUGGCACACAAGGGAGUGGGUGGCCACCACCACACCCGGGCCCGCCUUU